AUGCACAAGUUCGACAUGGAUACUAAAAUUCAAAUGAUGGUAAAAAAUCACACAGAAAUUCUGGAAUUGGACUAUCAAAAUCGAAUUUUAAAAUAUGAGAAAAAAUCAAUGGAAAAUUUCAAUUUUUCAAAUCGAUGGAUCGAUAUUGCUAACAGAUUGGAUCCAGAAGAAAAUGACGAAGAAUUUAUCGAUUUUUUGAAGUUUUUAUUCGAGAAAACUAAAAAUUUAAAGGCUCCGAUGGAUUUAAAGGCUUUGGACCAGGGAAAAAUUCGAAAAAUCAAGGAGAAAAUCGAAGAAAUCGAUGAAUUUGAAAUUUCCAAAAAAGCGGAAAUCGCAUUCUUAUUGAGUGUUGAGAUUUCUGAAAGAUUUUUGAGAGAACUUCGAGAAUCAGCUGAAAUUGUCGAAGUCGAUGCUAAAAAUCGGAUUACAAAAUAUAUAGCAAGAGAUCUGAAAUUCGAAGGAAUUCAUGAAAAAUCGAUAAAUUCUAAUUUGAAAAGACGAUUGUCUAGUGAUAAGGAGAAUGUUCCAGCGGAGAAAUUGGCUAGAAAAUCGGAAAUUUCAGAAGAAUUAAGCCUAAAAGAGUUUUUGAGGAGCCUUCUACGGCCAAUUCGAGCUCUGAAUUCUGCAAUGAUGACACGUGUGGAAUUCAGAAUUGAGGCGAUUUGUUUUGAAGAAGCAAACGAUGAUAAAAAAAUUCCAAUAAAACGGAUCCACGAGACACUGGUGUCCUCUCUUCGCCUUCUCACGACGCCUCCAGAAUCCGAAAAUUCAGAAUCCACGCGUCUUUUUGAUUUCCUCUAUAACCUCGAAAUCGCUAUCCGUUUCAUUCGUCAUCCAAUAAUGGAGAGUUUUCAGAAUAAAAUGAAAAGACUGAUUUUAGAACAUGCUAAUGAUCAAGAGGAAAUCCCAAUGAUCAAUGCUCGAUCUGCGUUGGAAGCGAUCAUCGAUGCUGUGAUUAAUGUGUGA